AUGGUAUGCGAUACGGACUCCCCGGGCACGUCCAUCAUAGCUGCUCCUCUCGACCUAAUCGUUUCCAUUUUACUCCUUUUGUACACAUUCAAAGCCCUGGGCUCGAUGUGUGACGACUACUUCGUCAUCGCCUUGGAGGCCAUCUCGGUGGCCCUCAAUCUCUCACCGGACGUGGCCGGGGCGACCUUCAUGGCUGCGGGCUCGUCAGCGCCCGAGCUCUUCACUUCAGUGGUGGCCACUUUCCUCAUUGUGAACGAAGGUGGCGUGGGUACGAUCAUAGGCUCGGCGAUCUUCAACAUCCUCGUAAUCAUUGGUGCAACUUGCCUCUUUGCCGGGCAGUCCUUAGAACUAAACUGGUAUCCGCUAACACGGGACACCAUCUUCUACGUUGUGGCCAUACUAGAGAUGUCCCUUGCACUACUGGAUGAGGAAGUGGUCCUUUGGGAGGCUCUACUCCUUAUAGGCUCAUAUGUGGCCUACUGCGUGUUCAUGAAGUUCAAUGGGGUCAUUGCAGCCAAGUUGGGUGGGCAGGCUGCCCAAGAAAUAGCAGAGGUCACGGCUGCUGUCGACUGCGGUGAAAAUGGCACCAACAACGAUGACAAAUCCAACGACAUUUCCCUCGUGGAAAGUCCUGUACCGUUUGAUGGUGGUACUGGUGGACUAGAUUCCAUACCACUUGGUCAGUUGCCCAAUCAGAUGGAAGAGGGCUGUGACCACCGACGUAACCGUACCUCGGUAUCUAGUGUACCCAGCUCGAGACGGCACUCACAUCGCGAUUCGGUCUACCAUCCUCCUUCCAGACGAGUAUCGUAUCAAUUCGGUGUCAACAAAUUCCGAGUUAAAAGCCGUACUGUGGAGAUCUACCACCAUUCGCACGGUGUGCCCAGUCAGGACCCGGCGGAAGGUGUCCGAGGGUCACCAUCGCCCAUCGUCCCUUUAGGGCCGGCUCAGGGCGUUAUCGCAUUGACGAAGGUAGAUGAUCACGUAGAUGAACUCAAGGGUUGGAGGAGAUGGGCCCGAGACCCUCUAUUGAUAUUUUGGGAAUACACAAUGCCUGACCCUUCUCAUUACUGGAUCCUCUUUGGCCUGUCUAUAUUGUGGAUAGGAGCCCUGACAUACCUCAUGGUCGAUGCAUGCAACAGGAUGGGUUGCCUUCUCAACCUACCGUCUUUGGUCAUGGGCCUUGUCUUUUUGGCUGCUGGCACUAGUGUGCCCGAUGCACUAGGCUCGAUAGCAGUAGCUAGGCAAGGGGAAGGCGAUAUGGCUGUGUCUAAUGCGGUCGGGUCUAACGUGUUUGAUAUCAUGCUUGGCUUGGGUGUACCGUGGACGUUGAAGUUAGCAAUGGGAAAGCAUGUACUCUUCCCCAACGCGAGAGACACUCUACCACAGUACAUAUUAAUCUUGGCAUUGGUCCUGUUCCUAUUCCUAGCCACUGUAAUACUAAACAGGUGGGUAUUGAAUAAACAAAUGGGCGCCUCUUUAAUUGUUAUGUAUGGUGGUUAUGUUGUUUACGCGCUUAUUCGAGGUGGGUCCGAGGAGGCUUGA